CAGAAUUAUACGUUCAUAUUCGAACAGCGCCUUUUAUUGUAUACUAAAUAAUAAUUAUAUUCGUGAAAAAAUGUUUCCAUCCUUGCGAGGUUAUAUGGGCUGGAAGCGCGUUAAAAUCGAGGGCACACGCCGUGCAGCCGACGGAAUGAAACCCAGAGCCAUCAUUGACCUGACCGUGGAGAUAGAUCCCGCCAUCAGGGAACUGGCCGAGCUGAACAGUCACUUAUACUUGUGUCCCCAUUGUCUCGAAGCGCCUGUGGACCCGGUGUCCACCGAGUGUGGACACGUCCUUUGCCAGGCAUGCAUGAUCUAUUUGCUGCAGCCCUUCAAACGCUGCCCCAUGUGCAAGAAAAAAGUGACCGAAUUCUUUCGCCUGUACUUCUAACUUUAAGUGUUUUCAAUAAUUCGAAUUAUGUUUGUGAUGUUGCAGUUGCCGGUUCGCUUCAGAUGCGGACAGUAGAAGAUAAUUUCGAAAUUAAAUAAACCUAACCAAAGCAUUCCUCUUGAAUGCAUAAUGAGCAUAA